AUGAGCUCUUGGGAUGUCGAACGUAAACGUAAAUUGGACGAUGAAUUUGAUAAUGUUUUUCGUGAGCAUGAUCGUCUUCGACAAGAUCUUAAUACAAAUGAAAAUCGAAAAUAUGAAUCUCUCUUUAAUUUGAUUGAUAAAUGGGAAAAAGAUGCUAUAAAAAAAAUUAAAAAAACAGCCAAAACUGCACGUAAUGAUCUUCAACAAUUACUUAAAAAUAAUAAUGAUCGAUUACAACGUGCUUUACAUGAUACAGUUACAGAUGAAUUACAAGAAACAUUAGAAAAAAAAAUUAAUUUUACUGAAGCUAAUAUUGAUAAUUGGAUGGCAAAUUUAUCUGAAAUUCGUAAACAAUUAGGAACAAUUUCUUCAACAAUUGAAUUUUCACAUGAUAAAGUUAUUAAUUUAAUUAAAAUAAAACGAGAAUUUUCUAAAGAAAUAUUUCAACGAAUUAAUUUUAAUUAUCAAGAAUUUCAUUUUGAAAAAAUUCGUGGUCAACCUAAUUUUUAUAAAACUCAACAUCUUAUUAGUACUAUUCAUCCUGCAAUUAUUGUUAGUCGAAAUAAAUAUUCUAAUGGUACACAUUAUUUUCGUUUUCGUAUUGAAAAAACUAUUAAUGAACUAUUUUUUGGAAUAAUUAAUGAUAAUGAUUGUCAAAAAUUAAAAGAAAAUCUUCAUCCUAUUCAAUCAAUUUAUGGUUGGUGGAAUAUUGAUCGUCGUGUUAUUGCUGGUCGAAAAGAACCAUAUGUAUCAACACUCAAUAUAUUUGAUAAUGAUGAAAUUAUAUUUAUAAUCAAUUGUAAUGCACGUGAAAUUUUUCUUGAAUAUCCAUCAAUGAUUAAAUUAAAUUCAAUAAAAUUAAUCCAUGAUGGAUAUGAAUGUCCACCUCCAUGGAAAUUAUUAAUUGAAAUAGGCAAACCAGGUCAAUGUUUACUUAAAUUACUCGAUUGGGGUAAAAUAGCACACGGAAAAAAUCUUUCAGAUAGACAUGUACAUUGUUUUUGUUCACCUGAUUAA